UAUCCAAACUGAUUGUAUAUUUUGCCUGGGAGCCAGUUAGCUCAGUUGGCUGGUUUGUAAUUCAGAAUGAUACCAACAGCAUGGAAUACUACACUGUCUGAAGUUACAAUGAAGGAGUCUCCUUCUCAACCUGUCUCCUCAUCUGAGGUGUGGCAACCUUCAAUUUAAACCACCUCCAGUUAUCUCUCUGUCCACUGUGAGAGCAGUCCUGUGGUCCCGUCUGGGACUAUAGUGACUUUGAAUCUGCAAACCAAGAUAAUUUCUCACCAAUGUAUUGAUCUCAUCUUCGACUCAAUACAAAAAACCAAAAAAAAACCCAAUGAGAUGAAUUUUGGAUCAGUAAUUAUACAUGGCAUAAUUGGACAAAAAUUGCACUGUUGUUAAAAUAAUUAGCAAUUCAACCAGAAAGGCCACUAAUGUGAAUCCUGGAUCUGUGUAUCAUUUGAAAUGAGUUAAUUGUAUAGUUUUAGUAUUUGACCACAAGAUGGAGAAUUCUGUUGAGGUGAUGUUGUAGCCAGAAGAUAGAAAGAUGAUAGAAAUCUUUGGAGAGAUAUGGGCCAAGCACAGGCAGGUGUAUCUAGUUCAGUUUGGGAUUGUGAUCAGCAUAGACUGGUUGGACCAAAGGAUCUUUUUUCAUGCUGUACGACUGUAUGAAACUCAAGCUUAAUUGUUCGAAACUCACAUUCAGACAUAUCUAACCUUUAUCAUAAUCUUACAGAAAGAUAGCGACUUUUUCCCUCAGAAUUGCAGACUCUUUAAUUUUACAUCUUCAAAGACAUUUAGCAGGGAAAGCGUGGAUUAUAGAGUGAGUUGAGUAGAUUGGUUCAUUAUUAAUUCUUAACUAAAUUUGAUUUAUUUUACAUUUUUAGACAACAUCAGGUGAAGAUGUGCGUGAUUUCAGCAAGGUGCUGAAAAAUAAGUUCAGAUCAAAGAAACACUUUGCCAAACAUCCUCGCUUGAGUUAUUUACUCGUACAAACAGUUCUAGAAGGCGAGAACCUUGAGAGGACACAAUCAUCGCCUUGGAAGCUUCAUCACGAUACUACUUUGCAUUUCUGAAGAGGGAAGAAGAAAUCAACAUGCAAAUUCAAUUCCAUGGUUUUGGAAGUCCCAUUGAGAACACGAUUCAUUUGCGCCAGCAUAAUGCUCUGACCGAGAAAGAAUUGAAGUACCACGCUGAGUAUUGUUAUCCCGAUAGUUCUUUCGUCUCAGUCCGUGUGUAUUCCUGGGCGAAUGUGCUCGUGUGGUCUCAGGAGUUGCGGAGGUCACGGCUCUGGGACAGCCGUUUCAUCGCCCUAUGCUGCAGAACCUGCCCCGGAAGAGAGAGCCCAGAGAAUUGCCAAAGCUGUCCGCAAACAGUCAAUAGAAGUGAAGGAAAAUUGGGAACAACUGAAAAUCCGUGCGAGCAACUGGCAGAAACAGGUGGAAAAGGCGUUGGAGAAACUUCAAGAACUGCAGAAAGUUCUGGAUGAUCUUGAGGCUCAGGUGAUAACAGCUGAGGGGGUCCACACUGAUCGGCAACCUGUGAGUGACCUGCUUAUUGACUCAUUGCAGGAUCACAUUGAUAAAACUACAGGUAAGGACUAUCUUCAAAAUCUGAGAUUGGGUUUUGAAAGACAGCAGCCUUUGUUUUGGAGAGAUAAUGGGAACUGCAGAUGCUGGAGAAUGCGAGAUAAUAACGUGUGGAGCUGGAUGAAGACAGCAGGCCAAGCAGCAUCUUAGGAGCACAAAAGCUGACGUUUCGGGCCGAGAACCACCUUCAGAAAAUGGGGAGGGGGUGCGGUUUCUGAAAUAAAUAGGGAGAGAGGGGGAGGCGGAUGGAAGAUGGAUGGAGGAGAAGAUCGGUGGAGAGGAGAGUAUGGGUACGGAGGCAGGGAGGGGAUAGGUCAGUCUGGGGAGGCCGGACAGGUCAAGGGAGCGGGAUGAGGGGAAAUAGGGGUGCGGUAUGAGGUGGGAGGGGGGGAUGGGUGAGAGGAAGAAUAGGUUAGGGAGGCGGGGACGAGCUGGGCUGGUUUUGGGAUGCAGUGGCAGGACAGGAGAUUUGCAAGCUUGUGAAAUCCACAUUGAUACCAUUGGGCUGCAGGGUUCCCAAGCAGAAUAUGAGUUGCUGUUCCUGCAACCUUCGGGUGGCGUCAUAAUGGCACUGCAGGAGGCCCAGGUUGGACAUGUCCUCUCGGGAAUGGGAGGGGGAGUUGAAAUGGUUAGUGACUGGGAAGUGCAGUUGUUGAUUGCAAACUGAGCGUUGGUGUUCUGAAAAGCGGUCCCCAAGCCUCUGCAUCGUUUCCCCAAUGUAGAGGAAGCCACAACGGGGACAGCGGAUGUUUUGGAUAUUUCUUAAGCAUUGAUUUUCAUUCAGAGUUGGUUGGAUUUUGCUGAAGCAAUAGACAUAACUCACUAUGACGUAGACAAUGUCAGAGUUAAUGUUUCGCGUCCUGUGACCCUUCCUCAGAUCCCACUCUUCACUGAUGCUGCCAGACCUGCUGAGCUUUUGCAGCAACUUAUGCUUUUGUUGCUGAUUUACAGUGCCCACAGUUUUUUUUGUUUUUUACGACACAGACAAAACUUGAUCUCUGCAGGAAGCAUGAUGCUGCAUUCUCCAACUUCCCUGCCUUUUUGUAAUAUGAUAUUGUCUUUUUAGGACAGAAGUGGCUUUUUUUUGUUUGUUUUAACUUCCGCACAUACUUUCUAUGCAGGUUAAAAGUCUACGCCUUUUCAGUUCUCUGCUGCAUAAUGAAGACUUGGAACAAUUUUUUUCUGCAAAGUAGAAAAUCAGUGUGGUUUGUUUUCCAAAAUGUGAUGUGUAAGUGCAACACUUAACAGUGUGUUCAUCAAACUAUUGUUUCCUUUGAUCUUUGUGUUGCAGAAAUUUCCAGAAUCAUUUCAUAUUUUUUUUUGAUAUAUUUUAGCAGCUUUCCUGGAGCAAGUCUGUUUUCCUUCGGAUGAGACGACUUUCAGACAUACUCCCUUUAUUCUGAGAUUUAAUUACGGUAAAAUGAGGAGGAUUUUUAUUCACUGAGACACACAUGACUAUAUGUUUAAAGCAUUGGAAAAUGCGUUCUGUUCGGACUGUCAUGUUAUCUGGUGUUUGUACCAGGCUUUCCGAUUAAAUGCAAGUGAUUAAGGAUGCUAA